GUUUAAAGAAGAUCCGCCUAGAGGGUUUUAUAUUGCUCUGGUAUUUCUGCCAAAGUCAUCACAGCCCUGAGUCUCUCGGAGGAGGACUUCUCACACCCUUGGUGCUCCAGCCCCCAGCUCACUCACUGUUCCCAACAUGUGUGAAGAAGAGACUACCGCCCUUGUGUGUGACAAUGGCUCUGGCCUGUGCAAGGCAGGCUUUGCGGGAGACGAUGCCCCCAGGGCUGUCUUUCCCUCCAUUGUGGGCCGCCCUCGACAUCAGGGUGUGAUGGUGGGAAUGGGCCAGAAAGACAGCUAUGUGGGAGACGAAGCUCAGAGCAAGCGUGGGAUCCUAACUCUCAAAUACCCCAUUGAACACGGCAUCAUCACCAACUGGGAUGACAUGGAGAAGAUCUGGCACCACUCCUUCUACAACGAGCUGCGAGUAGCACCAGAAGAGCACCCAACCCUGCUCACAGAGGCCCCCCUAAACCCCAAAGCCAACAGGGAGAAGAUGACCCAGAUCAUGUUCGAAACCUUCAAUGUUCCUGCCAUGUAUGUUGCCAUCCAAGCUGUGCUCUCGCUCUAUGCAUCCGGCCGCACCACAGGUAUCGUCCUGGAUUCAGGGGAUGGCGUCACCCACAAUGUCCCCAUCUAUGAGGGCUAUGCACUGCCCCAUGCCAUCAUGCGUCUUGACCUGGCUGGACGGGAUCUCACAGACUACCUCAUGAAGAUUCUCACAGAAAGAGGCUAUUCCUUUGUGACCACAGCUGAGAGAGAAAUUGUCCGAGACAUCAAGGAGAAGCUGUGCUACGUAGCCCUGGAUUUUGAGAAUGAGAUGGCCACAGCAGCUUCAUCUUCUUCCCUGGAGAAGAGCUAUGAGUUGCCUGAUGGUCAGGUCAUCACUAUUGGCAACGAGCGCUUCCGCUGCCCAGAGACCCUCUUCCAGCCUUCCUUCAUUGGCAUGGAGUCAGCUGGAAUUCAUGAGACAACAUAUAAUUCCAUCAUGAAGUGUGACAUUGACAUCCGCAAGGAUUUAUAUGCUAACAAUGUCCUCUCUGGGGGCACUACCAUGUACCCUGGCAUUGCUGACAGGAUGCAGAAGGAAAUCACAGCCUUGGCUCCCAGCACCAUGAAGAUCAAGAUCAUCGCUCCUCCUGAGCGUAAGUACUCAGUCUGGAUUGGAGGCUCCAUCCUGGCAUCUCUCUCCACCUUCCAGCAAAUGUGGAUCAGCAAACCAGAGUAUGAUGAGGCAGGGCCCUCCAUUGUCCACAGGAAAUGCUUCUAAAGUCAGAGGGCCUUCUCUGGGGUUCCCUGCAAGACUGCUGUCACCAGCCACAGACCAUUAAAAUCUUCAAGCCUUA